UCAUAGAAUCAUAAGUAAAUAAAAGUUUUGAUAUAUUUUCUAGUACAUUUUUUGUAUGGUUGGACUCAUUCAAAGUCUAGCGUAGAUCCUGGGCAUAUGAUCUUCCCAUAAAUCCCUAGAGUCAGCCCUGAAACUACUAGAAAAUUUUGUCAUGAUCUACAUUAAAACAUGCCCAAAAACUUGUAUAUUUUAUAGUCAAAACUUUAGUCGUGAAAAGGAAAAAAGCAUUGUUAUGAUUGUUUAUUUUUUAUAAAAUUGUCGUGUAAUGUUCUACGAAACUUUGUUUGUGAAAAGAGAGCUUUGUUUUAAUUGUUAACUUUUUUUGCUUUCCAGUGUUGUUAUUUUUCUAAUCCUUUGAAGGCUUAAGAUGCAGUUUUUUGACCCAUGAUUAUUCUUCUUACCAAGACGCGCUCUACCAAUCCCACUAUAAUUGCUUUUAAUCAAAUCUAAGGAUUAGAAGAUAACUUUUGAUUGCUUUACGACUUGAUUUAGCCCAUGUGUGUGUAUACAAAUGUUUUUCUUAUGAAUAGCAAGGAAUAACACAAGAACAUUCGUUCCCAUCACUUUAAUGUUCUUACUUAACUACUAUGAUAUUAUGAUAUAUAACUAUCACACUAAGAUCAAACGCUUCCCAUUAGCAAAAACAAGAAAAAGAACAAAAGGCAAAACCAGAGGAUGUCUCGUGAAUUCAAACUCUGGAAAAUAGUUCUCAUUCUGUUCUUUACUCUGUCUUCAUCUACUUACCACUCCAAUGGCAAACUGAUCAUGGAGGGAUCUGCAACUUUCGACUCCAGCGGUUUCACAAAGUUGACGAACACCUCAAAGCAUUCAUACGGUCACGUUUUCAACAGCAACCCCGUUUUGUUCAAGAACUCGUCUUUCAACUUCCACUUCCACUUCGGAAUCGUGCCUGAGCAUAACCACUCCGGCACACACGGUAUGACUUGCGUUCUCUCUCCUACAAGACACCUUCCCGGAGUUUCCUCCGACCAGUACCUCGGAUUAUUCAACAAGACAACCGAUGGUAAGACCUCGAAUAACAUAAUAGCUAUCGAGCUAGAUAUACAUAAAGAUGAAGAGUUUGGAGAUCUUGAUGACAACCAUGUUGGGAUCAACAUCAAUGGCUUGAGGUCUGUUAUCUCUGCUCCUGCCGGUUACUAUGAUGAUAAUGAUGGAAAGUUUCACAAUCUUUCUUUAGUCAGCGGAAAGGUUAUGCGGCUUUCAAUCGUUUAUAGCCAACCUGAUGAACAGCUCAAUGUAACCUUAAGCCCUGCCGAGUUCUCUGAGACGCCCCUGAAACCUCUUUUGUCUUUAAAACGAGAUCUCUCACCCUACAUUUUGGAGGAGAUGUAUCUUGGCUUCACGGCAUCAACCGGUUCGGUUGGAGCAAUCCACUAUAUGUUGAAUUCGGUCUCUGGUCCUGAAGUCGACUAUCCAUCGUUUGAUAUUAGUGUAGUCCCCACCCUUCCUCUAUAUCCCAAGAAAGUGACUGAUAAAACUAGGAUUGUCCUGGCGGCCUGCUUAAUAUUGGCGAUGACCGUUGCGUUUGUAACCUCUUUGAUUGGGUUCUUCUUCUAUAUGAGGCAUAAGAAGGUCAGAGAGGUUCUUGAGGAAUGGGAGGUUCAGUAUGGACCUCACAGGUUUGCAUAUAAGGAGCUUUUCAAUGCCACAAAGGGUUUUAAGGAGAAACAAAUUCUUGGAAGUGGAGGUUUUGGUCAAGUUUAUAAAGGAACACUUCCGGGUUCUGAUGCAGAGAUUGCUGUGAAACGGACUUCUCAUGGUUCAAGCCAAGGAAAGAGCGAGUUUAUAGCCGAGAUCUCGACCAUUGGCCGUCUCAGACAUCCGAAUUUAGUCAGGCUUUUGGGAUAUUGUAGACAUAAGGAGGAUCUCUUCCUGGUUUAUGACUACAUGCCCAAUGGAAGCCUAGACAAGUAUAUAUACCGUAGCGACAAGAAUGAGAAUCAAGAACGUCUAUCUUGGGAUCAACGUUUCAAGAUCAUCAAAGAUGUUGCUUCUGCUCUACUGUAUCUGCAUCAAGAAUGGGUACAAGUCAUCAUUCAUAGAGAUAUUAAGCCGGCUAAUGUUUUGAUAGACCAAGAAAUGAAUGCAAGGCUUGGGGAUUUCGGAUUGGCGAAGCUGUAUGAUCAGGGAAUUGAUCCUCAGACGUCUAAAGUGGCGGGAACGUUCGGGUAUAUUGCACCUGAGUUUCUAAGAACAGGAAGAGCAACUACCAGCACUGAUGUUUAUGCCUUUGGGUUGGUUAUGCUUGAAGUAGUUUGCGGUAGAAGGCUGAUUGAGAGACGUGAAGCGAAGAACGAGGAAGUUCUUGUGGAUUGGAUCUUAGAGCUUUGGGAGGAAGGGAAACUUUUUGAUGCAGCUGAGGAAAGUAUCUGUCAGGAAACAAACAGGGGUGAGAUUGAGCUUGUUUUGAAGCUAGGUGUGUUGUGUUCGUAUCAGGCUGAAUCGGUUAGACCGGAUAUGAGUGCGGUUAUGCGGAUCUUGAAUGGCGUUUUGCAGCUUCCAGAUAAUCUUCUUGAUGUGGUAAGGGCUGAGAGAUUGAGAGGACAGCCUGAAAUAUCAAUGGGAAUGCUACUCGACAUGAAUUCAAUGAGUACGUUACCGUUCACAAAUUCUUUCAUCUCCCAUGGACGAUGAAACCUGAAAAGAAGUUAGAUGAUGGACAUUUUAAAUUCAAUCUAUGAAGAGAUUUAUGUUAUUUUACUGUAUAAAAUUUUGUAACUGAACCGACUUUCAUUUGAUUUCGCAACAAAUAAAAUGGUAGAGAACGAAAAACUCUAUUUAAAGUCUAUAGUCUACAUAAAUGUGUUGGUCUCAUUGGGCAAAGUGUCUCAAGGGCGUCAACUAUUUUAUGCAACAACUAGUCACCCGAGGUGGAGCAUGUAUCUCUUUAAUAAUUUUUAAUUUUAAACAUUUUUUAAAUUUCAGGUCAAAACAAAAUAACGAAAUGAGAAUAAACUUAAAAAUUAAUAUUUAUAUCGAGGAAUAACCAAAAUAAAAAAAAAUGACACAAAAAUAGGAAAAAUAUUGAAGAUAAUAGGAUUGGUACGUGAACGUAAACUUCUCAUAACCAUAAUUAACUUUUAAAUUUCUAAAUCAUGAUACAAAACCGAACUGGCAUAGUUUCAUUGUAACCAAAUAGUAGGUCUGAGAUUCUUCUGUCUAAACGUUAGGUUCUUAUGCGGUAAGUGAUUUUUUGACCUAGAAUAUUUUUUAAAAUGAGAUCAACUCAUUAGUAAACAAAUUAUGUAAUUAACAAAAAAAAUUUAAAAAAAUUUGGCCAAAAUAUUAAUUCGAUCAAGAAUAUAAAUUUUAUUUUUCCAUAAGAUAUUUCUUAAAUAAUUUUCAGUCUUAUCCUAGUCUUAAUUAAAACAGAGUUCCAACAGUUUCCUCGCAAGGGAUCCCCAAACCGCUAAUGAGUAGUCGUCAAAUACUGGUUAGUAGCAUGUUUUUUUGAGUUUGGUUGAGUUUAAGUAUUAAGUCCGGACUAGGUUACUUAAAAGAUCACGGGUUAACCGGCUUCAUUUUAGAAAAAAUAAUAUCAAAUCUUUAAUUUUAAUUUCUUUUUCCUCUUAUAAAAAUCUUUAUGAUCAAAUUAACCAAAUUUCAAACCAUGACAAUUAUUCAAUAGGAAGUAGAAGGCAGGAUCGACAACCCUCUACGAUACACAUACAACCCAGAAAGAGCUUUUAUUGAAAUACUAGCACACAGCUCUGUAAACACAAGAACAACAACUCUGAAACUUAGAUUUUGUAUAUCUUCGAGGAUAUGCUCUUUAGGCGGUUUCAACUGCAAGCUUAGUAGAGCCAGUAGUGCAUAAAAUUGAACAUGCGUUGGCACAUUGUUCAACCGCUCCAUCUCCAAUUUCACUUGCACCUAGUUACCGAAAUAAUAUUACAAUGAGUUAUUCUCUUGUCUUUAUUAUUCUAAGCAAUAGAAUUGUGAUAAGAAUAAUGUUAAUGAACUUGUGGAGUUUUAUUUACCCGAGUUCUGGACAGUGGUCAAAGGACCACACAAGGAGGAUGUACAUCCCACUUUGCAGUAUUCAUUGACAACAUCAGCUUGAGCCAAAAAAAUCAAAACACACAUGCAAUUUGCAUCACAAAAAAAUAAAAUGCCCAUAUAUAUCAUCAGAAAAAAUUACAGAAAUUUCAGUUUACCAGAGUGUUCAAGACGAUUUGCUGGAAAUUGUGGUGGGCAAAAAUUAUGAGGGAAGCUUACGCAAUCAGUGACUCUUAAAACAAAAGUCCAAGGGGAUACCUUGAGCCCUGUAUGAAUCGAAUAUAUUUCUAGCUCUAGUGUUACGGCAACAGAUCUUUUCUGCUUCUACUUGAAUUUGCGCCAUGACAAGACUCAUUAUGAGUACACUUAAAAUCACAAAUUUGCCUUCCAUCUUUUGAUUGAUAUUACUUGUUUGAUCACAAAAUGUAGAGAAAA